CCCGUCACAAGGCCCCGCAGCGUCUCCCGAGUCGCAGGCGCAGGCCCAGCCGAGCCGGCCGCCGAGCGGGUGCUGGUGUGGGUGCGGGCGCAGCCGCCAUCGACCGCGCGGUCGCGCACCGGACACCGUGCGCACCGUUCCGGAGGCGCCCCGCGAGUGGGGGAGACCACAGAACCUGAGGCCAUGCCCCAUGAAAAGAGUUUCUUGGUGUCUGGGGACAGCUAUCCUCCCCCCAAUCCUGGAUAUCCUGGGGGACCCCAGCCCUCCAUGCCUCCCUACCCGGGGACCCCUUACCCACAGCCCCCUUUCCAGCCUUCCCCGUAUGGCCAGCCAGGGUAUCCCCAGGGCCCCAGCCCCUACCCUCAAGGGGGCUACCCUCAGGGCCCCUACCCCCAAGGAGGCUACCCUCAGGGCCCCUACCCUCAAGGGGGCUACCCGCAGGGGCCAUAUCCGCAGAGCCCCUUUCCCCCCAACCCCUACGGACAACCACAGGCCUUCCCGGCACAGGACCCUGGCUCACCUCAGCGUGGAAACUAUCAUGAAGAGGGUCCCCCGUCCUACUACGACAACCAGGACUUUCCUGCCACCAACUGGGAUGACAAGAGCAUCCGCCAGGCCUUCAUCCGGAAGGUGUUCCUGGUGCUGACCCUGCAGCUGUCCGUGACGCUGUCCACUGUGGCCGUGUUCACCUUUGUCGGGGAGGUGAAGGGCUUCGUCCGGGAGAACGUGUGGACGUACUAUGUGUCCUAUGCAGUCUUCUUCGUCUCCCUCAUCGUCCUCAGCUGCUGCGGAGACUUCCGGCGGAAGCACCCCUGGAACCUGGUUGCACUGUCCAUCCUGACCGUCAGCCUGUCCUACAUGGUGGGGAUGAUCGCCAGCUUCUACAACACUGAGGCGGUCAUCAUGGCCGUGGGCAUCACGACAACCGUCUGCUUCACGGUGGUCAUCUUCUCCAUGCAGACCCGCUACGACUUCACCUCGUGCAUGGGCGUGCUCCUGGUGAGCAUGGUGGUGCUGGUCAUCUUUGCCAUCCUCUGCAUUUUCAUCCGGAACCGCAUCCUGGAGAUCGUGUACGCCUCGCUGGGCGCCCUGCUCUUCACCUGCUUCCUGGCAGUGGACACCCAGCUGCUGCUGGGGAACAAGCAGCUGUCCCUGAGCCCGGAGGAGUACGUGUUUGCCGCCCUGAACCUGUACACGGACAUCAUCAACAUCUUCCUGUACAUCCUCACCAUCAUCGGCCGCGCCAAGGAGUAGCCCGCGCCCGGGCCCCGCUCAGGUGGCCUGGAUGGCCUGGACCCUGCCCCUGGUGUGGCAGUGCCAUCAUACCUCCCCUCUCUCUCUCUGGGCACCGCCUGGGAGUGAGGGGCCCCCCCUCCGACCCUCCUGUGUGUAUACUGCAGAUACUUCUGUCUGGACCCGCCGUGGCCAGCAUGGCCCCUUCUAGCCCUCCGGCCCGCCACAGGGCAGCGGGGCCAGGUCUCCAUGCCUCCUCCUGCCUACUCACUGUUGCAUGAGCCCUGUCUGCCAGCCCACCCCAGGGUCUGGGGGCGACACCAGGUCCCAGGGGAGAGGGGUGAAGCCAGGAGGUGCGGGUGCACGUCUCCCCUCCGGUUCCAGCCCCCCCCCCCAUGCCUGGCAUAGAGAACCCUCUCCCUCCCCUCCCCUCCCCCGCCCCGGAGCGCUGCCCUCUGGGGGCCUGAGGGCUGAGGAUCUUGUCCCUGUGCUGAGCCCUGAGGGCAGAGAGAUUGAGAGUAUUUCAGGGGAGGAGGGCGCCUUCCUCUCGUCUUGCUGUCUUUAAAAUUCCAAUAAACGGGACCUUCUGCUC